UCAUGAAAGACGCCGUGUUCGGGAGUGGCGAAUUCGGCGAUCUCGGCCUGGAGCCACGCCUCGCGGCGCAUUUGCACGGAGCUAUGGGGUUCCAAUCUCCGACUGUUGUCCAGAAAUCGGCGAUUCCAUUACUUCUUUCCGGGAGAGACCUCCUCGUGAAUGCUCGGACAGGAACGGGAAAGACGCUGGUAUAUCUGGCUCCAAUCGUCCAUGGUUUACAAGCGCGUGAACCAAAAAUCACUAGGACGGAGGGUACAUUUGCUGUGAUCCUCGUUCCAACGAGGGAGCUUUGCAUCCAAGUAUGUGGCGUAGCAGAGCAGCUUGUGCACCGAUUCCACUGGCUUGUUCCAGGCCACAUCAUGGGUGGAGAAAACCGAGCGAAAGAGAAAGCGCGACUGCGGAAAGGUAUCACCAUUCUGAUCGCUACACCGGGACGCUUGCUGGAUCAUUUGAAGAACACUGCGUCGUUUCAGUAUGACUUUUUGCAAUGGAUUGUUUUUGACGAGGCGGAUAGGUUAUUAGACAUGGGAUUCGAGAAGGAUAUCAGAAGCAUUCUCGAUUUCCUUGGUACGCACCAGCGUAAUGGCAGCAAAAGGCAGCACGUUCUUUUAUCGGCCACACUGAACGAUAGAGUGAACAAGCUUGCCAAGAUUAGUCUCUGCGAUCCUGCUACCAUAGGUUUGUCGUCAACGCCUCCUGAAGGAGCGCCGGACCUGGACACCAACGCUAAUAUUGAAUACAGCAUCUCAGAUAAGCUGCAACAGUGUGUUCUAAAAGUUUCAAGCAAGAUACGUCUGGUCACAUUGUUGGCUCUGCUAAGGCUGAAACUUAACAGCACAAAAGGCUCCUACAAGAUAGUUGUCUUUUUCUCUACAUGCGAUGCAGUAGAUUUUCACCAUACUGUCAUGAGCAGAUUCUCCUGGGUCAUGGACGACGGAAGCUCCAUGCGGGGGAGAUUUUUGGAUUGCGACAUAUUUAAGCUGCACGGCAAUGUCGAACAGAGGGAACGAACGGACACGUUUCACAAGUUCUCGCAGGCUGAAAGGGCCCUGCUCCUGUGCACGGACGUCGCUGCACGGGGACUUGAUUUUAAGGGGCUUAGUUUCAUAGUGCAAUAUGAUCCUCCAGGUGAACCUGUAGAUUACGUGCACAGAGUUGGAAGAACUGCCAGGCUUGGUAGGAAAGGUGAAGCAACUUUGUUUCUACAACCGUGUGAAGCCGAGUACGUUCAAGAACUGCGCAAGCAUGGCGUGGUUCUGAAGGACCUCGACACUCGUAAGGUUCUGGAUUCUAUCUACACCAUUUCUCAGAAAAGGAGCUUUGCAAGCGUCGAAGUUGCAGAAAUGCAUCCAGCAGCUGCAGCCAUGCAAACCGCUCUCGAGUCAUUUGUCACGUCAGAGGGUGAUCUCAAGCAGCUUGCAGUAAAUGCAUUUCGCUCUUCCGUGCGUGCGUAUGCCGUCCACAGGGAGGGCUUGAGGAAGAUCUUCCAGGUGAGAAUGCUUCACCUGGGACACGUAGCCAAGAGCUUUGCUCUCCGCGACGCACCAUCGGGCUUGUCCAAGUGCUCCGCGCAAAAGGCAUCCAAGAGAAUGAGAGCUGAAAAGAAGAGAGCCGGGAAAAAGAGGAGGCUCCACGCUGCCAAAAUGGAAUAGAGAAGCGGUAGCUAAAGCUACAUUCUUUGCGAGUAGCCUUCGUGGACUAAAAAUAUCUAUCAAUCAAUAUAUUUGAUUUUAUUAUA